CUGUGAUGUGGGGGCAGCGUUCCCCGUCCCUUUAGGGGGUGCCAUGGUAUUCAUGUCAAUUUGAGCUUUAUUAAAGAUGGUGCUAAAGUCCCGGCCGUCCCCCGAGAUCGCCAUCAUCGCGGCGGGUUGCCCUGGGGGCCAUGGCAUGUCCCUGUGCCGCGCAAGGCUGUGUGCACCUUGUUGCCUUCUUGCCAAGGUGUCCUUGGUGGGUUUGGGCUACGAUUGCCAGGGUGCUUUUUGUCACCUCAGUGUUGAAGGAAGGGAGCUUGGGGUGGACAAACAAAGGGGUUCUCAUGUCCCCAUUUGGAGCCCAGCUGUCAGUCCUGUGGUUUUGUAUGGUUCAGGUGUAAGCAUGUUGCAGAAGAGCUAGGGGUGAUCUGAUGCUGGACUGCAGUUUUGUUUGUGCGUAUACAUCUCUCUAUAUGUGAGGUUAUAUAACUCUUACGGUUAUUGAAAUGCAUGGCGCUUAGAGGAAAGAUGUAGAAAGAGACUGCUGAGUUAUAUUUAGAAAGAAUCAGAGGCAGUCACUUUUUCAGUUGCAAAGUAAGUGGCAAAAGUGGAAUAAAUCUAAGUGUUUUUUCCCUGCAUUCUAAAGUAGCCAACAGUGAAAGAGCGAGUGAUGGUACUGUGGCUUUGUGUGAAGUUUUGCACUACCUCCAUAUUGUCUUCUAAGGGAAAGCUUUUGAUUUCUUCAUGCGGAUGAGAUCGUAAGUGGGGAGAGCGAGGAGGAAAGUAAUGGCAUCAACCUGAUGGAGUUCUCAGAUGAGAUCCUUUUGCACAUCCUCAGCUAUGUCCCUUGCACAGACCUUGUCCUGAAUGUUAGGAGAACCUGCAGGAAACUUGCAACACUUUGCCUUGACAAGAGCCUAACCCAUACAGUUUUACUUCAGAAAGACUAUAAGGUAAACAAAGACAAAGUGAAGCAACUCAUGAGGGAUAUCGGAAAAGAGAUUUACCAGCUGAACAUGGCUGGGUGCUAUUGGCUGCCCAGUUCCACUAUUGAUCAUGUAACACGAUGCAAGAACCUGGUAAAACUGAACCUGUCUGGGUGCCACGUCACCUCCCUCCGUCUCUCAAAGAUGCUAUCCACACUCCAGCACCUGCGCUCCCUGGCGAUAGACGUAAAUCCGGGUUUCGAUGCCAGUCAGCUAAGCAGCGAGUGUAAAGCCACGCUUAGCCGUGUCUCGGAAUUGAAGCAAACCCUUUAUACGCCGUCAUAUGGUGUCGUUCCGUGCUGCACUAGCCUUGAGAAACUGCUGCUUUACUUUGAGAUCCUUGAUCGCUCGCGAGAAGGUUUUAUGCUCUCUGGGCAGCUAAUGGUAGGUGAGAGCAAUGUGCCCCACUACCAGAAUCUCCGCGUCUUCUAUGCCAGGCUGGCUCCUGGCUAUGUUAAUCAGGAGGUGGUGAGGCUGUACUUGGCAGUGCUGAGCGAUCGGACACCUGAGAACCUUCACGCUUUCCUUAUUUCUGCCCCUGGUAGCUUUGCAGAGACAGGAGCCACUAAAAACCUCCUGGACUCUAUGGCUCGAAAUGUACGUCUGGAUGCUUUACAAUUGCCCAAAGCUUGGAUUAACGGCUCUGGGCUCCUGCAACACUUGAAGUUCAACAACCCUUUCUACUUCAGCUUUAGCCGAUGCACCUUAUCUGGUGGUCACCUGAUCCAGAGGGUUAUUAAUGGUGGGAAGGAUCUUAAAAGCUUGACCAGUCUGAAUCUCAGUGGCUGCGUUCACUGUCUGGCUCCGGAGUCCUUGUUUCGAAAAGCAGAAGAUGACAUUGACAGUAGCAUUCUGGAAAGCCUGGUCGUGUCUUGCUGCAACCUGAGACACCUCAACCUCUCUGCAGCUCACCAUCACAGCUCAGAAAGCAUAGGGAAUCACUUGUGCCAGCUUCUGUCCAGGUUAAAGCACCUGCUCUCAUUAGCGCUACCGGUGUGCUCCAUCACAGAUGUUGCUGCAAAUGUGGAAAAGCCUCCCUCGGCAUCUAAUUUGGUGCCCCAAACGUUUGGAAGGAAAGUUCGGAUUGGGAUACAGACAUAUCCAAGGAACUUAUCAGACCUGGUAAAUCAGAAGAUAGACUCUUCGGUGUUCUGGGCUCUGAUGAGAAGCCUCCGAUUUUUGGAAACCUUGGAAAUAAUUGGGUCCAGUUUUUCCUCUGCCAUGCCGCGCAACGAGCCAGCAAUUCGGAAUUCGUUGCCUCCUUGUGUCCGGGCACAAAGCGUGGGGGAUUCAGAGGUGGCUGCCAUUAGCCAGUUGACUUAUUUGCAGAGCCUCACCUUAGCACAACUGCCAAAUAUUAUUACUGGCUCUGGGCUUAUUAACAUUGGAUUGGAGUGCCAGCAUUUGCGGACUCUUUCGUUGGCCAACCUGGGCAUGAUGGGGAAAGUGGCCUAUAUGUCUGCUCUCAUGGACAUGCUGAAACACUGCAAGUGUUUGAGAGAUCUCAGGCUGGAACAGCCGUACUUCUGCGCGGGCGCCCAGUUCUUCCAGGCACUGAGUCAUUGCUCCUCUCUCCAACGGCUUUGCAUCGUCUCCCGGAGUGGGACUCUGCAGUCUGACGCAGUGAUGUCAUUCAUGGCCAACUGCCUUGAGGUCAUCAUGUGCCACAUGUUUAUGGGAGAAUCUCUUACCGUUUGCAAAAAUCUCCAGCAAUCCAUUGUCCGGAGUUUCCAGGCGGACCGCCCUGCAUUAAAUGUCGUCAUUUUCCCUCUGCUUCAUGAGGACUUGACAGAGGUCAUCAGAGAUGUCCCCAUGCGGCACUUGGAUGAAAUUACCUUGUUUAAAAGCAGAGUGGCAGAGGAACCUCCCAACUUAUGGUGGUGACUGUCACAGCAUGGAGAGGACAGUCAGCGUGAACACAUGAAAUAGCUUCUUCUUGGCCUGGAUUCCCUAUCUUCAGCUCCUGGCCACCUCACUGGAUGCUGUACAAUCACUUUAAAUAGGUGCAAUUGCAAAAUUAAAAAAAGAUGGCCCUCUGCAGUGGGGAAACAUCUAUUGGAUAUUGCUGCAUCUGAAAAAUCCUAUCUCAAAGGUUUCUGGAAUCUGAUGAGUAUUUCCUUGCGGUUAAUAUGAAUUGUUUUGUUAUUUUACUGAAGUUAAAGGUAAGAGAAACUGAAUUAACGAUGCUCUUCCCCCUGUGUCGCCUGGUGUAUUUCCUAAGGGUCCCUGUGUACUUUGGCAGUGUGCUUUGUGAUAUUGGUGGAAAUCAUUCUUUGCUUCAGUCUAUUUUCGGCAAAGUAGAAAGCCUAAGCCAGUUAAGAGGCACAAAAAUGUGUUGCUCAGUUGAAGUGCAUCACAUCUUUUCUAUGUUACAGAUAGGCAUUUGUCGUCACACACAUACAAUCACAGAUAUUUAAAAGUUUUUUUUGAGUGAGAAGUACCACAAGGACUCUUUUUUUAUAUUUGAAUAACAAAUUAAGGUCAUUAGCACCUUGACCAUGGUAUGUUCUUGCUGAUGCUUUUUCCAUCAGUCUGGUGGAAGAAGUUCUCAGCUCUUUUGGAAAUCCUUGUCCUAGGGUAGAUGGUGCCUGCAGUGAAUAAGUUGAGACUCUGGUCUGAUUUAAAUGGAGUCUGUCUUGCAGUGUAGAUGGGAAUGUAGUGUUCCAGUUCUGUCCUUAGAUCCCAUGCCUUGAGCUCAUGCUAAUUUUAGAGAUGUUAUGAAGUAUUUUCACAGUGUGAUUUCAGUCAGCUUCUCUGCUCCACAGAACUUCCUCAGGCAUUAGUAGUGGUCUGGAUCACUUUCAUAUUGCCUUAUUUACUGAGCACUUUUGAAAGCAUCAGACAGCUGUACCAAAAGCCAAGCAACGUACUCCUGGAGCUACGUUUCUGGGCGGCAGUCGGAUUUCCCUUCUGCUGGAGUAUUUUGUGGUAGCACACUGGGUCUGUCUUCUGCAAAACAGCUAUCAACCAGAACAGUCUAAUUUCUCCAUCCAAAUGCUCCCUGAUGUGUUGAGCAGUGUUUUUCUAGGGAGAUCCAGUGUUGUCCAAAGAUGAUGUCCCCACCUCCUUGUCAGCAUUUUCUACACAAGAGGCAAAUGGUGUUCUGCCGUCAAUGGUUCAUAGGAAGCUUGGUCUGAUGGGAUAGUUUUGAGACCAAAAUGCAUCUCACAGCUUCGGAGGACUUUCCAUCCUUAUUUUCCCAUCGAUCUGGUGUGCACCUGCCUGGAAAUCUGUCUUGCUGGUGUAAAUCUUGAACCAGACUGCGGUAACCUUUGUGCUCAGAUAGGUUACGGUGUUAACGAGCAGGUUAAUGUUAGUCUUCUACUAGCGUUGCUAAAACUAACCUCUGCAUGUGUUUGCUGUCUGCCCUGAGUUUCUAUCUCUUCCCCCCUCAGGCCAGGGUGCCAGCAGCCGUCUCUGGUUUGCAGUUGGUGUCAAGGUGGUGAGGCCAGCUCGUGCUCCUCCGGGAACGGCUGCAGCUGAGCUGCGAUCGCUCCUGAAGUAUUUGAGACUCUGCCUCAGGUUAGACACCGUGACAUGCCGGUGAGUGUGAGGAGCUGGUGCCCUGUUCUUGGCAUCAUGCCACUGUUUUCUCUCCUGCUGUCCCAACGAGGUCAUUCUUUCUACCUCUUGUCAUAUUAUUCACCUGUUUGAAUCCCUCUCUCUCUCUCUCUCUCUCCAACAGCUUUCUUCUCUCCUUCUCCCUCAGCAAAUCAGAUACACUUUUUGGCAGGAACACGAGCCACUGCUCUGUCCAGUUCAGGCUGCUUCAGCUCUGCCUAGUUUUUGUCUGGGAGUUAGGCAGGGAGUUUGCAGAGCUGCUUUCUCCUCUGUGCUUGAAGCAUUAGUAAAGCUGCUUUCUCCUCCUUGUGCCUCAAGGAAGUGCAGAGGGAAGACUGAGGGUAUGGAACCAGCUCUCUAAUGCCUAAGGGGACCUCUUUUGUUAUGUGCUGCAGGAGCGAGGCCAUUCCCACCCUCAGCCAGGAUUUCCCCUCCAUCUAGAGGCUGUGGCACCAGCAAGAGUUUGGCAGAACCACCAGCUAUCCUGUUCCUGUCCCACUGGAAAACCUGGGUUGGGGUACAGCAGUAUGUGAAAAUGCCUGUUGCUUAAUGGUGGUGUUAACCCUUUGGUCUUGGAGGUUAGAGUAACCUGAUGAAACAAGCUGUACCUUUUGGUUGGCAAAGCGAUACCCAUCUGCCUCGUGUCUUGCUAGAUCAGGGUAGGCAAUCAGGCAUGUUUUAUAACGCCAUUAUUCUGUUGCCUGGAGUAUGAUGUUUAGACAUCUGUAUUCAUGCAAGCAGGUCAGAAGUCCUGAUGCAAAUGUUGCCAGUUAUAAUCGGGGCUAGGAAAGGUCACCCACAGGUAAUAAAGAUAGCACCACAAAUAGUGAUAAAGAACUAAAAACUCCUUCCACCCCCAACUCCCCAACUCUGGGCCAAUGCUUGAUAUCUCUACUACAAAUCCUCUUAUGGUGAGUGAGAAUUUCCGCUGCUUCUGCACUCCAGGCAGGAUUCACCAGAUGUUAAUAAUGUGCUUAUUUUCUCUAAGUGCUAUUUUGGCAUCGGUGUUAAUUACAAUUUAUAUUCUGCAACAUUUACACUGGGAAAAGAACCCACCCUAAUAGUCCCCAAUUGGCAGAGCCGGGCUAUUAAACAUAGCACCAUAUGUUCUGAGCAGAGCAAUAUAUGGGACUCGGAGCCCACUCAGUGCUGAGACUCUAGCGUGCAGUGUUAGAGGAGGAGAAGAGAACAGAGAGAUGGGUGUUUUGUUCCUAGCUCUUAUUUAAUCUGAAAUUCCCCCUUUUCUCUGGUCUCUGUCCCCAUCUCUCCAGAAAACUCCCUCCCGCUAUCUGUGAGCAUCUAAUAGGGUGAUCUCUGAGCCUGCUGAUGCCACUGUCCAUAGUCUAAAAUAAAUGAAUUCAAUUACAGUCGGUGCCCUUCUCGCAGGGAGUGCUUCUGCAGGAUUCCCAGUCCCUGCUGCCGUGUUUCUUGCUGCGCUCCAAAUCAGACCUCCCAUCUUUGGGGACUGCAGAAGAAAUCUUUGCUUUGACUACCAACGAGGUGUCUGCGCUUCUCUGGGAGAAGCAUAUUCUGGGACAAAGUGCCAUUAGUGUGUAAAAUCAGAAGUUGUUUGCUGCUCUGCUAAUGUCCAAAGUCUUGUUUAGCAAAGUGACAUUUGGUUCCUGCAGGCUGGAAGGGUCUAGACCUGGAGUGACAGUGGUUUUGGUGUGGGGAAUUAGGUGGGGUGAAGUCGUCAGCGUUUUUGUAGGUUUCUUAGGGCUGUAGGUUAAAGGAUUGCUUUCUCAGCUGUUUUGCAAAGCUGAUUUCAUGGUCUCUUUAGAAAACAGCAGUGUGUCCACUGCUCAGUUUGGAAAGGGGGCUGCGUGGCAAAGCCUCUCCCUUCAGGAGAGCUUGGGCGGUGGUCGCUUGUCUGCUGGGGAGGUGGUUUGGCAGGAGAAGAAGAGAUGGGAGUGAGAGGGGGCAGGACUGUGCCAUGGACCUCAAACUGGAAGCCAGACACACACUGUGAGACUUGGUUUCCCCACUUGUGAAAGGGGAGGAGGCUCACCCGCCCCACACAAGGGACCUUGCAGGGGUGCAGAAUGUUCUCCCCUCCGGGUGAGGUGCUGCUCCCUUGGGAGCAGAGGGCAGGGCUGGGGCUGCUAAUGCAGGCUGACGGGUAGCAGAGCAGCGACCCUGCUCGCUUUAAUUCGCAUGACUACCUCCUCCUCUGCUGAGGCAUGUGAGACUCCCAGGGGAGCAGAGCAGGAUCUGUCCCUUUGCCUUGCUGAUCUUCAGAGGCAUGAAGGUCCUGGGGUGACGUACAGGAACGGGACUGUGCGUUGUGGGGUGCUGGGUGCUUUUCCCCCAGCAGCCCUUUUUGAGGAUGGGAUAUCCCCCUGUGGCUGCAGAAAUGUGGGGCUGUUCUGUUUGUGGAGUUAACUGGUGCGGAACGGUUGUUUCGGCUGCUUAAGGGAGAUGCAAUUCCCCCUUGGCUGGUCCCAGCGGAGAGUGUCCAGCCGAAGCUCCUCUCCCCUGUCUGCAGGGAGCCCCGUGCCGGCAGCCAGGCGAGCCAGGCGGGGUGUUGCAGAGGCAAAUCUCCUUCCACUGCAGCUCUCCUGCCUCUUUGAUUAGAUGCGCAGGCAGCCGGGGUACUCUAGCAGGAGAAUCAUUUCCAUAGAAACCAAUUGGGAUGUUGUACAGGGAAUAAUGAUUAAUAGUGAAGAGAUGUUGCCUCAGGCCCUUUUCAUUUUUUAGGGGGCAGCGAGGGACAAACUGGAGCACAGGUGGGGGGACAGGCAGGCUCGAAAACUAAUGGAAACCAUCCCUUCCAUUAAUUUCCAGGGCAGGUUCCCCUCUUCUCCUCCUACCCUGCCCCCCACUGCUACUUCCCAGCUUUCGUCAAAUUUUCAAAAUGGCUAACCUGGUUAGAAAUAAUCAUAAUAAUAAAAAAGGAUGGAUGAGGUCUGACUACUAACAUUGUUGCUGUUAGCAGCAGGAUUUCAGCCAUAAAACAUGAAGCAAGGGAGGCAUUGACCUUUCCGCUGUUUGAAAUGAAUGGAGACAUCAAUAUCUAUUGUUUUGUGGCAUUGACCUCUGACGCUCUUGUUUCGCCCUCCCUUUUCUUUUUUUUUUAAUUUCCCCCUGACACUCGAGGAAAGGGGUCAGUUUGUACCAUCUAUUGAUCCCGAUCUUACUUGGUGAUAGGGAAAUAAUUAGAAUUUUAAAGAUCUCUGCUGCACGCUGGUAAAAUACAUAGAUGCACACUCUAAGCCCCUGCUUCCUGCGUUGCAUUCUCCCCCCUUCCUUGCAGAGAGAUUCAAAGCUCACAGAUCUGAAGGAAGAUGGAUCAAUAUAGGUUUAAUCACGAUGGGGUUUUUAUUUCAGUUUUUUACAUAGUAAAGUGUAACGUUUUAUGUUAAUGUUGUCGGAGUCUGGCUGCCUGGUGCCUUGUUUUAUUUAUUGUUUUAAGUAGCCCCUUCUUUUGUGAAUUUCAUCUAUGUACAGAGAAUGUGAAAUCAGGCAUUGCUAAUUAGCUGUAUGACAAUUAAGUAAUGUAGCACAAAACCAUUAGGACACUGGAUUUGUUUUUGAAGUUUGUCCUUUGAAGUGGAAGCUGCAACUCCCUGCCCAAGGCUGCUGGGGAAAAUGUUUUUCUAUCAAAACUUUCUUUGAAAAUAAAAUGUCAGUGUAAGAGUCCCUAUUUUUGUCGUCUCUCCCUAUAAACAGCGGGUGGAAAUUGUUUCUUAUUGUAAAAACUGUUGGCAUUGAUAGAAAGGGGAAUUCAGAAAAGCAUUAAAUGGGCAGUUGAUCUCCAAACACCCUUGGUUCUGGUAGAGAUGUUACCAAAACCGUUUGUUUAGCUUGUUGAAAGAGAACGGUGCUACUUUAGGAGAAAAGUCACAGCCAGCAACCUGGAGGUGGCAAAGGGAGGUGACCCUCAGAACUGCGGGUUCGCCUCUGACACCUCAAGUGCCAUCAGGAUGCGGUGCAGCCUGGUUGCAAAUACCGACAAGCUCCUCGGUUCGGGCUCCUCCAUCUGUGCACUCGUUUGACAUUUGUGUUUGCAUCUGGCCCUUUGUUCUAGUAGUGAGUCGAAUUCUGAAUGUGCAACUUUCAUGUACGCUGGUGGCAUGUAAAACUUCAAAUAAAGAGUGAAACUGA